AUGAAUCUUCCAGUAAAGCCAAUCGACAGCUGGUCAAGAGGCUCCGUCGCUGGUCGUCUUCUGGUGGAACCGACCUUCGAAUCUCUUCACCCAACACUUCCACUCGAAAUGGAAGGCCGUCGUCUUCUGGUGGCACUGACCAUUGAAUCCCUUCACCCAACACUUUCACUCGAAAUUGAAGUAAGCUACCGUCGUCUUCUGGUGGAACCGACCUUCGAAUCUCUUCACCCAACACUUUCACUCGAAGUGGAAGUAAGCUCAAGUCGUCUUCUGGUGGAACCGACCGUCGAAUCGCUUCACUCAACACUUUCACUCGAAAUGGAACCACGCUUUUGCCAAGCUGGUCUCAAGAACCGUUUUGCUGGUCCGGAAACUUGGUUGUCGGAAGCUCGUCCAUGUACACCAUUACCAGGGCAACCAGAGGCGGCGACAAAAUGGCAGACGCUCCUUGCAGACAGUACUUCUGAUCCUAUCGACCUGUAUUUGCUGUCUGCAUCGACCAGACAAGUUGCUAGAAGCAACUUGCCUCAGAGACGUCACCUCGAACAACCGGCACAGCGAUUGCACCGCUUAAAUUAG